AUCGGAACAAAAGCGAACGAGAAAGGCUCGGGAGGUUCAUUUUGUCUUUGGCACCAUCCUCCGCAGAAUCAAAAUUCCCAUCAAACGAUGACGAACAUCCUGCUACGCACGGCGAGUCGCGGUGGUUCCCUACGCGCCACCCUCAUCCGCCGGUUCUCCACUGAUGCAUUGGUUGAGUCCAAACCCGGCGAGAUCGGUUUGGUUUCUGGAAUCCCACAAGAACACCUUCGUAGAAGGGUUUUGAUUUACUCACCUGCUAGAACUGCUGGUCAACAAGGAUCUGGGAAUGUUGGAAGAUGGAGGAUCAACUUCUUAUCAACCCAGAAGUGGGAAAAUCCACUGAUGGGGUGGACAUCCACCGGAGACCCAUAUUCCCAUGUUGGUGAUUCUGCGUUGGAUUUUGAUACUGAAGAAGCGGCAAAGGAAUUUGCAGAGAGACAUGGUUGGGAAUACGUGGUCAAGAAGCACCACACACCAUUGCUGAAGGUUAAGUUAUACGCAGACAACUUUAAAUGGAAGGGUCCACCCAAGGCUGCUGAAGCUGAACAGUGAUUUACUGCUUGUGUUGUUCAUGUGUUUAAUCUUCACGAGUUUCUUAGUGAAGCAGUUUUCUCUGCAUCUUUUCGUGUGAAAGAAAAGGUCAAAAUGUGUAUUUCUGAUUAAAAUAAAUGGGACUCUGACUUGCCAUUGCCUUAGCUUUCCUUGUGAUGUAGAUAACUAUUCACCUGCAUCUAUUGAUGAUUAAUUUGGACCCUAGGAACUUCCUUGAUUAUAUGCAGUCCCCCCGGAAACGAGUAAUAAUUUUUAUAGGCUUUAUGAAAUACACUCGACAGCCUGAACUUAAUGAAUUUAACCAGCAAGAGACACUUGCAUUCACAUUA